UCCGCGUGCAUUCCGCCUCCUCCUCCCCGCGCCCCCGCUCCGCGGUGCCCGCUGUCACCAUGUCCACUCCGCCUGUAGACCCGCUGUCGGCUGUGGAAAGCGGCCCCCAAUCGCACUAUUUCCAGCUGCCCAGGAAGUUGCCUAAACGCAAGAGCCGCUUCAAACGCUCGGAUGGCAGCACGUCCUCGGACACAACAUCUAGUUUCAUCAAACGGCAGGGGUCGGCCGAUUCCUAUACCAGUAGACCGUCGGAUUCCGACCUGUCAGCAGAGGAGGACCGCGAGGCGUAUCGGCGUGAAGCCGAGCGCCAGGCACAACUUCAGCUCGACAGAGCGAAGUCCAAACCUGUGGCUUUUGCAGUCAAGACAAAUGUGAGUUACUGCGGCGCUCUGGAUGAGGACUGUCCUGUACAAGGAGCUGCAGUCAACUUUGACGCCAAAGACUUUCUGCACAUCAAGGAAAAGUACAGUAAUGACUGGUGGAUCGGCCGUCUCGUCAAAGAGGGAGCUGACAUCGCUUUCAUUCCCAGCCCGCUACGACUGGAAGCAAUGAGACUCAAGCAAGAGCAGAAGCAGAGAAAAAUAGGGGGCAACUCCUCUAGUUUAGGUGACAUGGUGACUGGGAACUGGAGGACCACACCGCCGUCUGCAGGUGAAUCUAAACAGAGGCAAAAACAGGAACAUGUCCCUCCGUACGACGUGGUGCCAUCCAUGAGGCCGGUGGUCCUCGUGGGACCGUCACUCAAGGGUUACGAGGUUACAGAUAUGAUGCAGAAAGCCCUUUUUGACUUCCUGAAACACAGAUUUGAAGGAAGAAUCUCAAUCACCCGUGUCACUGCCGACUUGUCCCUUGCUAAAAGGUCCGUCCUCAAUAAAAGACCCAUAAUGGAGAGGUCCAACACUCGCUCCAGUUUGGCAGAGGUUCAGAGUGAGAUCGAGAGGAUAUUUGAACUCGCCAAAACGUUACAGCUGGUGGUUCUGGAUGCGGACACCAUCAACCACCCUGCACAGCUCGCCAAAACUUCCCUCGCACCUAUCGUUGUCUACGUAAAAGUCUCCUCACCAAAGGUACUCCAGAGGUUGAUCAAGUCCAGGGGGAAGUCUCAGAGCAAGCACCUGAAUGUGCAGAUGAUGGCCUCAGACAAACUUUCUCAGUGCCCCCCUGAUUUGUUUGAUGUCAUUUUGGAUGAAAACCAGCUGGAGGAUGCUUGUGAGCAUCUGGCUGAAUACCUGGAGAUAUACUGGCGGGCCACUCAUCUCCCAGGCACCUCUCCUCUCAAUCCUCUAUUAGAGCAGACUCUGAUGACCCCGCCGUCCGCCAUCUCCAGCCUCCAGAACAAGAACCAGCCGCAGCCCAGUGAGACAGUAGAAAUGGAGGCUGAAGAGCAGGAAGAGGAGGAGGAGGGGGAAGAGGAAGAAGAGGUGGGCGAGGAGGCCGUUUCCCCCUUGGAGCAGGACAGUCUCAUGCCUUCGGACGAAGCAAGCGACUCACUGUCUCACGGCCAGAGGGGGAGCCCGUGUCGACGUGGGGGAGAAGAAGACGAGGAAGAGGAGGAGGAUGAGUACGCCUCUCCUUGCCACGGCCGCACGUACAGGGGCAUGUACCCCGCCCGCCGCGGCCACGCCGGCGGGCGCAACGCCAACAGCCACGAGUCACAGGACAGGCUGCUUCAAAGUGAAGCCCAGCAGGGUCACAACCAGAGGAACAACCGCCAGCGCAGCCGCCCUUGGCCUCGAGACACCUACUGAUGAAUCCCCAAGUCCAGGUCUAUUUUUAGAGCAUCACUUUCUCUCCACCGAGGGGACUUUGUGACAUCUCUGGGCAGAUUGUCAGCUUGUCAACAGGGCUCCUCUGCAAUGGAAUGUCGUCAGGCAAACUUGCUCUGCUUUGCCUGUGUUUCUCUAUUGUAGGAUGUCUCCGUAAACCGGCCUUAAAGCAAAACGUGUUAAGAUAUCUUUACUGUUGCAUGUGUGACUAGAGUAUCAUCAUUUUGAGACUAUUUGCACAUUGAUGCCAGAACUGGAGCUGAAUGAUCUUUACGGCAAAACUAAUGCAGGAAUGCUUAUUAUUGAAUCCAUCGAUUGGAGACACGAAUGCAUUUUCGGAUCGUGUAAAUACGAACGGGCACCCUAGUUUAGUUACAUUGCUUCUUGAUUUGGUCGCUUGUUUCAGGUAUACGCUGCCACCUGCGUUUUGUCUUUUUUUUUUUUUAACUUAGGAGAUGGCGAAUGGCACAUUGCAAGUGUGAAGCUGCAGUACAUUACCGUGUCACCAUCAGUGCAUCUCUCUCUCGCUCUCUUCCUCUUCCGCUCUCUCUCUCUCUCUCUCCUCACACAGUCAGCAUCUCCUCCCUCUUUCUUUCUCCCUCUCGCUGUCUUUCUGCUAUUGCAAAAUCACUCACUAACACCUCAAAAAAGCUGAUGGGCACAGAGAAUGUAAAAUUGUUUAAAAAAAAAAAAAAACACUAAAGGGAAUGUUGGUGCCCACAUUGCUUGUUUACAUUGACCCAUCCACCAUACACCAUACAAGAUGCACGCUACUCAAUGGCGGCUUUCGUGAAUGUACGUUCGCAUGGGCUUGUGGUGUCUCCGAAGCACCCCGUCAUCCGAUUGUAGCACAUCGAUUGUAGCAUCCCCCGGGUAACGUCGCUAUUCUUUCCGUCAUCAUCGCACCCGCUUUGUGUACUGCAGAUUUACCACGGCCGACCCUCAGGUGUCCCUCGGCUCCAUGUGACAAGCGUGCGGCGAAGGACUCGCAGCUGUAGCACUUGCCCGUGACACGUCAUUGUGUUCUUAAGCCGUCAACCUGCGAGCGUUUCACAGGGUCCGUACCGGCCGAUUUAAUUACUCGGUUACUGCUUCUAUGUCGCACAUGUAUUCAGCGUUGUACGUAUAUUUUGAAGAGGAUAAAAAACGGCAUGAUUGAGAAAAAACAAAGACAAAAAAACUAUGCAAGUGCUGCAUGAAUUCUGAUUAUUUUACCGUUAAGUAUUUUAGUAAUGCAUCGUUUCUGGUUGUGCCCGGUGUCUUGCAGUGAUAGUCGUUUUUGGGGCGCUUUCCUUCUCCACUUUGAACUUACGGCACUCUUACUGCCCCCCCCCAAGUUCAAGUUGAGCUUGGCGCUCGCAUACUUGACGCACUUUGAAAGUCCUUCACUGAAAAUAAAUGAUGUCCUGCAUGUCUUAGUUCUACAAUUAGCUAUUUUCAUUCUAUUUUGCCAGAGUGGACCAAUGAUUAAACAACUGAUGAAGCGGUUGAGGUUUCUUUCCAAUUUAUGAAGCACAAUUUUUACAAGGUUAUCGUUUAAGUUUCCUACGUCUUAUUCUGUAUGCAAUACUAAGCCUAACAUUGAAAAAUGAAACGCCUUACACCAUCUGGACUUCCUCUUUAGUGUGAGUUGGAAAAGAAAAAAAAAAAACAGAAAAAAAAUUGCACUACUUUUUGGGGAUGGUUGCUUUGUAAUGCAAUAACUGCACUAAAUCUAACCGUGUAUCCAUCACACUACCAGAGUGUGCUAGCGUGACAACACGCCUCUUCCUGCUCCUGAUCAAAGGGUGUACAAAGUGAGACAUUUCCUGCCUGAUGCUGUAAAGAAUGCUUUCUAUUUGAAAAAUAGAUUUACAAUGCGAAGAAAAUUAUGACCAACAAAAUAAACACAUUUUACGUAUUUAAAUUGUUUACGCCCAUUUUGUGUUUCCUAUUAAGCCCAUGUUCAAAGGUGUACAUUAUUAAAUACCAUUGCUUUACGUAGCCUUUCCCAUUAUGGUUUUCUUUCAAAUUCACACCAUCUCAAAUUAAAUCGAUGGGGGGGGGUUACUCAA